UGCAAAAGCCACUGUUACACUUGCUGACGCACGUGAGACCCCUGCCUUGGCAGAUUUACUUUUUAACUCCGGGCAGAGAUAUCACAGGUAACCUACCAUGAAGCUAGUCACUGUAUUCCUGCUGGUGACCGUUGGCAUUUGCAGUUACUCUGCUACCGCCUUCCUCCUCAGCAGUGUCAAGAAUGCCGUACCUUUACCUCUGGAUUCUCUCCCCCUUCUGGAUCAAUUAAAGAGUCUACUGGAGAAUCUGGGCAUUUCUGUUGAGCACAUCAUAGUAGGGCUAAAGAAUUGUGUGAACGAGCUGAGCCCAGAGGCCUCUGAGUCCGUGAAGAAACUGCUGGAGGCCCUUUCACAUUUGCUGUGAUGACAGGAU